CCCCACGGACUCAUUUUGCUGCGGCACCAACGCUAUGGCCGCUCUCUGAUAAAGUGCUGCUUUAAUGGGUGUUGUUUUCUAAGGCGUUCCCUACGCCCCACUGGACAGUAAACCACGAUAUUUCUUUACCUGCCAGAACGGAAGCCUUGGGGUUUCUUUGGCCAUGUUUGCUAAAGCUUUCAGAGUUAAAUCCAACACUGCUAUCAAAGGGUCUGAUAGAUAAUGGAAUUGUGUCGUUGACCUUGCAGGAGGAAAUUACGAAAUGAUGUCGCAGCAACUUUUCCCACCCUCACAUCUGAACAGCUAUCUGAAGUUGUGCCGAAUAAAGAAGAGCUGAAUGUCGUUAAACUGUAUGCUCACAAAGGAGAUGCUCUCACGGUCUAUGCUAAUGGCAGAAUACCAGUCCUUUUUGAAAUGGAGAAGAGACUGUAUCCAACAGUGUACACCCUGUGGUCUCAUCCUCACCUUCUCCCCGCCUUUUCCACAUGGCCACCUGUGUUGCACAAACUAGCAGGAGGAGCAGAUCUAAUGCUUCCAGGGGUUGUAGUGCCCUCUUAUGGUCUUCCUCAGGUAGAUCGGGGUACUCUCUGUGCCAUCACCUUGGUGGGAAACAGUGCCCCUGUGGCCAUUGGCAUAGCUACCAUGUCCUCUGCAGAGAUGGUCGAAGCUGGAAUGAAAGGAAAAGGCUUCACAGUGCUGCAUACAUAUAUGGAUCACUUAUGGGAGUUUGGUGACAAGUCAUGUCCACCAACAAUAGUCCCCUUAGAAGCAGAGUCUUCAGAGAUGAUGGAUGCUGAAGAGGAGGAGCAAGAGGCUGGAGAAGGGGAAGGCGAAUCACAGGAAAACAGCCACCCUAUUGACCCAUGCCUGCAGACAGGGAUUAGAAAUCUAAGCAUGGAAGAUGCUAUUCAGAGUGUGGACAUGACAGAAAAAGAGGAACCUAAUGAAAAUGGUACUGCUGAAACUACUGAAGAGGGCAACCUCCCGGUAGAUGUUUCUCAGGAGGCAGAAGACAGUAGGAGUCCACAAGAGCAAAUGGAUGCAUUGCUUCACCAGUGCUUUUUCCACGCUUUAAAAUGUAAAGUGAAGAAGUCGGAGCUCCCUCUACUGACCAGCACCUUUCUCCGCAACUACAUGUUCUCAUGUUGUCCACAAGGUCAACAACUAGACAUAAAGAAAUCAAGCUACAAAAAACUCUCCAAGUUCCUGCAGUCAAUGCAGCAACAAAAUAUCCUCCAGGUGAAGGAACUGAAUAAGGGAGUAGAGAGCAUUGUGAAUGUGGACUGGAGGCAUGAAAGCAUUAGGUCUUUUGUAGUACCUAUUGAAAUAGCAGCAUCUGAAUUGUCUGUCCAGGAUAGCAGAAGUGGUGAUGGAGAACAGCCGUAUCACUGUCCUGAAAUCAUACCACUCUAUGGCAUCUCAUCCAAAAUGGCUCCCUUAUUCCAAGAAUCUGGAUAUAAGAAAGGCGACACCCUGUCCAGCAGUGAAGUGAGAAGUGCUGUUAUCAACUACGUGAAGCUUAAUGAGUUGGUUGAUGAAACAAACAAAAACUUUAUAAAGGUGAAUCCUAUCUUGUGCGAUUGUCUGUUGGACAAAUCUGAGCAGCAUGAAAUUUCAAAGCUUAGCUGGGACACUCUCCUGAGCAGGUGUCUGGAUAAGCUACAGCCCUUCCAUCAGGUGACUUUUUUUGGACAUGACCCCAUCGUGAGGAAAGGAAACAAUGAUCCCAUUGAUAUAAACAUAGCACAAAGAGCGUGCAAUAAAAAGGUAACCAUCAUUAAGAAUCUUGAGCUGUAUGGGCUAGACCCACAGGCUGUUGCCAACUUUCUCCAGCAAAAAGUUCAGGCCAGUGCCACUGUCACCACACUUCCGGGAGCAAAGGACAGAGCACAGGUCCAGGUACAAGGCAAUCAGAUCCACCACCUUGCUAAGCUGCUGGUGGAGGACUACCAGAUACCUCGCAAAUACAUCCAGGGUCUUGAGAAGGCACCAAAGAUGGGCCGGAAGAAGUAGCCAGGUCUGAAGAUCAAAGUCAGAACUUUAUUUAUAAAUAUUUUAUUCAACAGAAAUGACUAAUCCAGCUGCCUUACCUAUAAAAUAAUGGAUUUUAUUUAAAACAAGAAAAUAAAUGAAGCUUUUCCCAAUAACUUUGCUGGACUAUCUCCAUAGCUUGUUGUGGAACACCUCAGCUUGUUUCCUGAGCACUGUUCUAGUACAAAUAGGUCCAAGUGUAAAAACUACUAAUACUAACAGAUCAUGCUGUUGGGUAUCCCCUGAAGAUUGUGGGUGUUGGUUUUCUUUUUCUUUUUCACAGGACUCUGAGGAUCAAAAGAAUAGUGAGGUACAGUUUAUACCAGGAUAGUGGAUUUCGUUCUCUCCCUCGGCAAACCCUCCCCAAGCGCUUUUACCUGCUUUUUAAUAAGCAGGUUUGUUAUAGUGCUUUACAGUUAGGAAAUUUAUUUAGAAAUGGAAUCUCUCCUGCAAAAAGUACUUGGGGUAAAGACGUCUCAUGAUGCAUUGUUGUGGGUGCUUCUGUUCCAACACGAUUAGCUGCCUGAGUUGAAAUACAGGCAAAUUCCUUUCUUCUUGCACUGUGAACUAGAGCGUGUCGCAGGAAGACACAACUUCCUCCCUCAAUACGUAUCUCUCUGCUGCUCGUUCAUAUCCCCUCAGGUAAGCUAAGACAGAGGGGGAAAUUGUAGUGAACAUGUAAAUUGUGUUGAAGACGUGCUCGGGAAAAGCCCCUCUGUUCACCCUAGUGCAAAGAAGCUAAAAGAGCUUUUUAUUUGUGCAGAGCUGUUGCUCAGCUCUUUAGCCCUUGCUCAGCUGAAAAAUAAGAUCCCUCCCUAAAAGAUUAGUUGCCGCCUUUGUUUACACACUGCAAUGCUACCACGUACCACAGGAGGGCAUGAGGAACACAAACCGACUCAACUCCCCGGAACAACUUCAUCAGAGACUGUUUUAUUUCCGAUAGCUUCUCUUAACAUAAUUUUGUAUCGCAUGAACAGAUAUCUUUAGGAGCUUUUUUUAAAAAAAAAGCUGGAAGGAAGGUGACAUUUUCAACAAAAUGUCAUAGGGUUGAAACAGUAGUAAAAAUAAAUUACCAGCAUGGCAAAAAUGUUAUUUACUUUACCACGUAAGCUUUUUUCACUAAUUCCAUUCUUUACAGACUGUACAUGUUUUACAGUUGACCCAUUUCGAAAGGAAAAAAAAGUUACACACGUACAGAUGAUGCAGGCAACACAGUAUACUAACAAAGGCACUGCCAGCAGUAGUCUGCGCUUCUUAAGGUAGGGCUUCCUCUAACUCAGGCAUUCCCAAACUUCGGCCCUCCAGAUGUUUUGGACUACAAUUCCCAUCUUCCCCAACCACUGGUCCUGUCAGCUAGGGAUCAUGGGAGUUGGAGGCCAAAACAUCUGGAGGGCCACAGUUUGGGGAUGCCUGCUCUAACUCCUGUCUCUAAGGCGUCUGCUCUGCCACCGCUGAAGUGGCUAAGCUUUCUCUCAAAAUCCAAGCUCCGUGGUGGUUUCCCCCCCCCUUCUCCACUUAAUGCCCCUUAGCUAUAUAUAUAAAAUCUUUUAAAGAAACAAAACAAAAAUAAUGCCCGCCUGUUUUUGCAGGUGGCUUAGUCAGCAGCAUUCACAUAAAUUGCAUAAGAAGCCAUGCCUUCUAUUAAAAAUGUUCAAGACAUGCUGUUAUGGGAUGGGGGUGAGGGGAGCAGGGAAAGGAAGAGUGCCAUUAUUGAAAAGCAGUUCUUUAAAAAAAUAAAAAUAAAACAUGACAUUAUAUAUAUUUAUCUAUACUCAACAUUCCUAGGGAGAAGUAGUCAGUGACUUACAAAGACUGUUUCCUGUUCUUGUCUCUUGGUGGUGGCGCAGGAGGCAGACAUCCUGGGAUCCCUCCUCAGUGUGCCAGGCCAACAGUUUCAACAGCGCUUAGGAAGAGUAUCGAGUGCUUUCUUGCCUGGGUUCAAUAGUUGCAUGUGCUUAUCUGGAUCUGCGUCUUGCUUUCCUUGUGCUGUGCUAAUACAUCUUGUACAGCGGUAUUAGAGACUGAGUAACUGUCUAUGGGGGAUGCUGUGGUGGUGGUGGACUUCCUGAAGAUAACUUUGGAGGUACCUGAGAGCUCUAUGCCCUUUCAGCUGUGGUGUAGAACCCCUGCACUCAGCCCUGAGAAAGAAACAAAUCUUCCUUCCUUUGCCUUCCCAAAGCAAACUUUGCUCCGAACAACGUCAUAGAGGGUAGCCAAGUUCUGAAAACGUAGAUGUGGGCCUUCUGGUGUUACGAAACAGUUUCGCAAUGCAAAUGACAUAAUCAAUUCCAUUUUUUUCCAGUGCUGGGAGAUGAGCCCCAAAUUGGCUCGUUAGCAGACCUGCACCCUGGUCCCAGUUCCUACUGGGUAAGAGGAAUCUCUAUACUGGAAGGAAGGGCUCUAAGUUGAAAAUAUUAGGCUGGAAGCAUAAACAAAAAAACAACCCUGCAGUGUUGCCAAAACAAAAACAAAACUGACCUUAUUUUCCUGUGUGAAAAUAUAAACUCUUUUGCUCAAAGGCCAAAGCACUCUAAAGCUCAUCAAAACCUGUUCUACUUCUACAGAUUUCUUGACAUCUCGUUCAUUCAUUCUCUUCAUUCUGUGCAAGUCUGUUUGGCAUCCUCUACAGUGUCCACAUGUACCAGAGCAAUAACCGUCCCAUGUGAUUAAAUUACUACAGAGAACACGUUCAACUCACUUCUGCCACACAUACAUAAAUCCACAUGGAAAGGUACUGGGAUGGCAGGAGAAGAAAAGAAGGUAGUACAGUUGAAGUCUUCCAAUGCUUGUGUGAACCUAGAGUUUGCUAGGUUUUAUCGAUCCCCCUUUAAUUCAAUAGCUGCAGUUCAAAAAGGUUCAGACUCAACUUAAUCCUUAAGCUAGCCUCAAAGAGGAAAUAUUUCAAAACUAGUUUGUAGGGUUAAACUCACACUGAAAUACAUUGAGAAGGGGAGGGGGUGGUUAUACCUUAAGCAAUCCAAUUCCUUGGAUAUUCACCAUUCACUGCAAAGUUUCCUGUCUAUUCUGUUCUGUACAACCAGGGGAGAUGGGAAGAAGCAGUGUUCAUUUUUGGUUUCUGGAGGGUCAGUGGUUUGGGACAUUUAAUUUCCUGUUCUAUAGUUGCCAGUUCUGAGCACACACAAUGGACUACAACCAAUUGAAAAAG